AUGACGUCCAUGCAAGACAUUGCGUCGAAAUUGGCGUACAUCAAGGGUCAGCUUACUGCGGGCGGGACGAAUGCGCAGAUGAAGGAGUGGUACACCGAAUACAAGACACUCAACAAGGAACUUGAAGAGGCCAAGGCCGCCAAGUCGAAGGCGUCCCAGCCGUCACAGACCUCAACAAAGCCCGAAGAGGGUGCGGGCCCCAAGUCCGCAUAG